AUGCGGCUAAAUCUUCACGUCGAUUCCGCAUCUGACAAUACUUUCUCAACUCAUUCGACACUCGAGACUUAUUUGUGUGAAUGCAUGAAGGUACACGAAAGAUUCCUUAUCCACCAUGCGAUGCAAUGUACGACGGGCGCACCAUGUCGCGCCGUCCGCCUUCCGCCUUCUCCCUCGCUUUUCUUUGUCCCCGCCGCUCAUCGCUCUUCCCAUCUGCCCCGUUCUGCUGCCAUAAUCCUCGUCAUGAUCGACACUGGUAAAGCCCACCCGCUCAUCUGCAGCAGAACAUCCCCGAUCUCGUGUUUGGCUGCGAGCGUUGACCCUGACCGAACGCUCUGUCCUCCGCCUCACCUGUACCUCUUGUCCCUGUCUAGCGCCCUUGAUAGCUACCUGAGCCUCUGCCAUCCUUACCUGUCCGCAAUUGGAGCAUCUCAGCCAUCCGAUGUCUGCUGA